AUUUCUUUAAUGCUAGCUUCUAAAAAUUCAGAUACUGAAAAUGAAAAUAAUACAAAAUAAUAGACGCCAAGACACAACCUAUCAUUUGUUGCCAUAUAAAAAGAAGAUUGGAAUUAAAUUAUGGAAGAAGAAUCUAUAAAUGACUUCAGAUAGAAAGAUCUAACUUUAGCCUUGUUUUAUUCAACUUUCCUUACAAUAGAAGAGUAUUAUUAUAAUAUAUAAUAAGUCAUAUCAAUUUAAUGCACAUAUUUUCAUAAUUCAAAGACUUUGAAAUGCCAAAUCCUUAAGAACCCAGUGCAUAUUAUGCAGAAUUAAUUGAUAGAGACGUUGGGAGAACUUACUAAUAGAUACCAUAAUUUAAAGAUAAAUAAAAAUAAGACUAAUUAAGAACGCUCCUUCUUAAUUAUGCAGAUUAUGAUCCAGCUGUUGGAUAUGCUUAAGGAAUGAACUUUAUUGCUGGAACCUUAGUUUAUUUUUAAGUUCCUUAACCUUAAAAAAUAUUCAAUGAAUUAAUUUACAACAAUAGAAAUAAUUAUAUAGCUGGAACUCCAGGACUGUUUGAAAAUUUAGCAAAACUGAAAUUUAAAUUGAAGACUUCUAUACCAAAAUUAUUUAAGCAUCUUUAAGAUAUUGGACUUAAUGAUUUGGGCAUUUGCUUCAGCCCUUAUUAUUUAACUAUGAUGCUUUAAAAUACACCCUUCUAAUAUUAAAUACUUAUCUUAAAUAUUUAUUAACUGAUGGGAUAAAAAUAUAUCACUAAAUUAUUAAUUGCUAUGCUCAAACUAUCCAAAAAUACAAUCAUGAAAUUAAAAGAUGUAGAAAAAGUUAAUAAAUAUAUAAGAACCGAAUUAGUAGUUAACUUUUUCUAAGAGAUUGAAAUUUGCAGAAAAGAAUAAAGACUUAUUUAAUUACUAUUUAAUAUUGGAUUAAUUAAGCGUGUUAAUCAAUAUUGA